GUGCUAGCAUUUUGUCUCUUCGCCUCCUCAAUUUUCAACGCAUCUAAAUCUCCAUCAUGUGUCCGCCGACCAUCCAUCUUCCACCGAUCGCUAAGAUCGCAAGUUUCUCCGUCACCCAGCUUCUCGACGCCUUGACUUAUUUACAGUCACUUUACCAUCCAGAAGUCCGUGGUUCACGUCGCAAACGUGUGCAGGUGCCUGAAUUCAAUGGAGAGAAAAAUUCACACCUUCGUCAUGAAGAUGAUAACGACGCCCAAGUCAUCCGAUCCGACGCAUUCGAGCGCUCAUAUUCCAUUCGGUGGCUUACCGCUCUUAUCGCCCAGCUCGAAGUCUGGCAUGACUUAUCAUAUUCUGUGGAAGUCUCAUUGGAUGGUCUAGGGAAACCAGAGCCCACCUUCGCUCACACGGAGAUGCUCGUCGAACAGGCCGCGUCGCUACUCGCGAUUUGUGCCGGGGUCGCUGCUGCUGGAAUGAUCACUCGUAGCUUUAUAUUUGGCUGA